CUUCCAUCUCGCGCUCCCCGUAGUCUUGCCUUUUCAACCUUUCUCUCUUUGUUGCCUGCUCCUUUAUUCUCCGGGACCUUUCCGGUCCCCACCUAUUGACCUUCUUUUCUUUUCUUUUCUCUUGUGAUUCUUUCUUCCGCCUUCCCAACCCGCCUUGAUCUGUGUAUAUGACCGGUGCUUUGUCGCACCUUCUUAGACGCCGGCCUUGUUUGCCCUGUCUUUGAUCCUUAAGUCCAUUCCGCCGUAGUCGACUUUUGCCCCUCUCUCUCGUCUUCAGUUGACUCUUGCGCGUCCUCAAUCCUCCGGUCUCCGAAUUUCUUUUCACCUUGUCCGCGUCGAACAGGGCCUUGUCAUGGCCCAGCCCGAAAACCACCUGGUCGACCAGAUCGCCCAGCUCAAUGCCGCCCGCAAUCUGGUCCUCGGAGAUGCCGCCUUCUAUCCCCAAAUCGUGAACGGCAUUCUUCCGAUUAUCGGUGCGCGUGCGCGAUUGGAGUUGCGACGAUGGGGGGCCGAAUUCUUAGCGGAAACGUUCGCCAGUCCGGCGCUGGCUUCGGACCAGAAGGAACAGUUGGCCGCGGAUGUGCUACAAACGAUGCGGGAAACAUUGCUACUGCCGGAAGGGGAUCAAUUGGCGUUGACACAUAUAGUGCAGACCGCUGCCAGCUUGUAUCCGCUGGUGUUUAGGCAUAUCAUUAAUCAUCCGGGGGAUCGAGAAGCCUGGGAGAACAUGACCGCGAUCAAGCAGGAAAUCCUGCGCAGAUGGGACAGCUUCCUCUACCCAGUCAAACUCUGCUGUAUCAAGUUCGUGCAGCGCGUCGUUCAGGUGCAGACCCACGGUUUAAUCUCGGACCCAAGACGGCCGGACCAAAACGAAACCUCCCUCGCCAUCGUCCCUCGGAAUCAUGCGACUCUGUCUCUGCCCAAUCUGGAGGCUGAGGCUUCUGGUUUGCUGGACCGUCUUUUGGCUGUGUUUCAGGAGGAGUCGAGUGACCCCCUCCUAGUGAAUGCCACCUUGAACAGUCUUUCGGUUCUCGUUCGAACGCGACAGUCCGUGGGAAACAAAAUCAUCAACGCCAUUCUAAAUUUUUUCCCCUCGAAGCAAGCCCGCUCUCCGGUGACUCCUACCGUUCGCGUCGGCGUGAAGUCUAUGGAACGGACCGCAAGAGCAUUGAUGAUCAACAUAUUGAAAAGAAACCCCAGUCAUCCGCUUGCAGGGAAGAUGCAGCACUACAUGGAUCGCUUGAUGCAGUCGCGUUUGGAGUCUGUCGAUGAUACCUCGCGUAAGCGCACUUCGCCAUCUGAGCCCACUGAUGGCCUUGACAAUGCCAAACGCGCGAGACUCGAUGCCGAAACACCACCCCUGUUGAAAAUACCUCCAAUGCCUCCCGGGCCGAAUAGUUACGCGCAACUCUUCACCCUUACCGAAGAUGUCGGACUGUCAUCCUUCGAUGUCACGCAGCUACCCGCCGACCUGCUUGUCAAGAUCGUCAUCCCUCUUCUUGGUCGUGUCGACCAAUCUUUGCUGAACCAAGCUGUCGAUGCCGUACGGACACGAUACCAGACACUUCAGAAACAGCAAUCAUCGCAACCUGCUGCGGAAGAAGACGAUGACUACGAGCCCGAAUAUCAGCCGAUGGAUGUGCCUGAGCCCGCGCCUGAGGAGACCGGUGCCCUAGCGGAAGAAGCAGACUAUGAGCCCGAUCUCGUGUCCCUGGGCCCAUUUGUCCUUCCUCAGCCUCCCCCAUUGAGUGAAGACGAAGCAGCCGAUGUGGGACGGAGCGCGGUUGGGAGGGUCUUUGGUAUGCUGGCCUCUAGCGAUACAGCACCGAAUGCGGCGAAAGGAAAGACCCAACAACAAUUGGGAUUUGCGCGACUAGCAGGUAGCACCUUCGACCGAGAUGCCUGGGUGACAUUGCUCACGCGACUCGCAACAAGAUCGCCCGCGGGGCUAGAAGUGCAAGCCAAGAAGGAGGAUGCUUCGAAAAAGAAGCCGACGAUAUCAGAUUCCAUCCGGGAAACAUUAUACCGGUACAUCCUCGAAGAUUUCAGGGCUCGGGUGAACGUCGGUAUCAUGUGGUUGAAUGAGGAAUGGUACAACGAUCGUGUUCAGAUGAAGUUCGCCGCCUCUCGGCGAACCGACGACGACGAAGAGACGUCGGUCCCGAUACACUACGACCGCUGGGUCCUACGGCUCCUGGACGGUAUCCUGCCGUAUCUAGAUUCGCGCGACACCAAGAUCUUCAUUCGCUUUUUGAGCGAGAUCCCCGAAGUGACCAUCCCCAUCACACAGCGCGUGGCUAGCCUGGCCAAGGACCCCGAGAGAGUCAAUCUUUGCGUCCACUCCCUACAAUACCUAAUUCUCUUCCGGCCUCCCGCCCGAGAAAUGUGCCUGACUACUCUAGAAGAAGUCUAUCAGACCUACGAGGAAUCUCGACCAGCAGCCGGUAAAGUCCUUGCUAAAUGGCGUCCACAGAAGGGCUACUCCCAACCCGGUCAACAAUCCACCCUUGCGACCCGUUCAGUCCCACAGGAAAGCAGCAACAGCACCACAGAACCCCCCGCCUCAGAGAGCACCGCGCAGCAAUCAUCAAACGCCGCCGCUUCCUAAAUUUCUGUCUUCUCCCUGCCAUGAAAACCGACGCGAAGGGUCCCAUCCUUCCAUACAAUGAUCUUCUCUAAUCUGUCCGGUUGCCUCUAUCGUGAUAAACCAAUCGACCCCAUGUACUUUAAGCAGACUCGGUUGAUGAUACCACCUACCUAUCUAUCAGCUCUUUCUUUUCUGCGAUGCUCUUCCUUAGUUGCCUACCUACCUCCAGGGGACUGGUUACUUGAUGGAUACAAAGGCGUGAAAGGAGUUCCUUUUUUUCUCUUGGUCCGGGUCCGUGACCGUGAACGUGUAUGUAUGUGUAUUUGGAAUAGGACCAGCCAGUCGUCCUCUUAUAGUAGUAUCAAUUCCACCUCCCGAAUUUAAAC